GGGGGGGGGGGGGGGAGAGUCUAAGAUUUCUCGAUUAUUUAAAAAGGACAUCAACAUUAUUUUCGAGUCCGAAGUGUUUGCACGCUCACCCCUAGAGGAUCUAAAAUCUCGGUAACAUUGCAUUGGGGCACAGGGCUCACGUGCGUGAGCGCGCUUGUUUUGAGUUGAAUGCUUCUUAUAAUCUAUAAUGUCAAAAUAUCGCUAAUGAGGACUGCCUAAUAAAGUAAAGUUGAUUCUAUUGACUAUUAACGUUUAUGGACUUCACGAAAAGAGUUUUGACAUCCAAGUUAUAAGGCCUUGAGUGUAGUCUCCCUUGCAGCCGUCCGCACCCUGGCAGGAUUGUAGCGCUUUCGCGACUGACAAAUGCGGAUGGCAACAAAGACAACAACCUUGAGUGCUGCAUUCACAUACAUCUAGAAAGCGCCAUUUUAACAUUUUAUUUUAUUUCAGCCCCCCCCGUCUCUCCCGUCCUCCUCCUCUUCAAUAGAGACCUUUAGAUCCGAGAACCAGGUCCACGACCAGGACGAGUUUUAGCUCGCGCGUUGUGUGCGCAUGCGCAGAUGGCCUGUCACGGUCACGCUACUGUCAAAACUGGUCGCCCUCGAGUGGGCGACUACAAGUUUACACAGCAAAGUGGUACUCACGGGACCAGUUUGUUCAAGUACAAAAUGUCUGAGGAUAAAAAAGUGGCGGAAAAAAGAGAGCUCUUUAUAUGGAAAUUUGACAGCGAUGUCUCACUUCUGAAAGAGGUUAUUGCGGAGGAGCCUCACAAGCAUCCUUACGCAUCAAAAGAGAGAGGACAGAAGUGGGACAAAAUCGCCCUCAAUUUAAAAGAAAACCAUGGGUUUAAGGUCACUCAAAGGUCGGUGAGAAAGAGGUUUAAUAGUCUGCAUGAAGACUUUUUAAAAAAAGAGAAGAAGGAGAAGAGAGACAGUGGGGGAGAGGUGAUGUACGAUGAAAAGCACCAGAUGCUUACAGACUACAACGAGCUUAUAGAGGACUGGGAAAGGGAAAGGAAAGAGAGGGUGGAUGACGAGAAGGUUAUGGCAGAAGAUAUGAGGAAGAAGGCAACAGAGAGAUUAAGUGCAACCAAGAAGAGAAAAGAGAGUGGCGAAGACAAGGGCGAAGAAGACCAACCAAAGAGAAAGACACAGCAAAGUUUGGUGCAAUUAAUGGAGCAGAGCAUAGCAGUACGUAGUCAGGAGAGGGCAAGAGAGCUGGAAAUCAGAGAAAAUGAAUUAAAGCAACAGCAGCAUUUCCAUGGCUUCCUGCUCCAGCAGCAACAACAGGCACAGCAGAUGCAUAUGCAACAGCAACAGCAACAACAAGCCAUGAAUAUGGCCAUGAUGAAUGUCCUAACAGAGAUGCUGAAUGCUGUUAAAAAUGCAAAGACCUACUAUUGUUAACAGCAUCUCUGCAAUAAUGUCAUGUUUUUUUAAUGUUUCUUUUAUAAAUUAUAUUGAUAGUCAAUUGCUGACAUUUUAUAGCAGAGUUCAAGUACUUCUCUACUGAACACUUCAGCAAUCUGCUUGGUGCCAAACUCUUUAUAGAGUAGAUUCUUUGGAAAAUAAAGUUAAAUCAUAUUUUCUACAAA